UGCAAGCUGGACUCUUUGUCUGCAGUGAUGAGCUUUUAUUAGUUCGACGCUUCGUGCAAGCUAAUUGGUCUUCACCAAAGAAUUCAGAUACAAAUCUAGAUUUGCAUAAUGCAUGUGUGAAAAUUGGAUAUUUACAGAUAGAACAGCUUGCAACUGAUUCUGCGGCUCAGAUCAACAAUAAUGAUUGUCAAGAUGUAAGAAUAGUAUUAACUUUAAGUGGUGAAAUUUAUCUAAAAACAAAUACUAAUCAAAGAUUAUUAAGGCAUAAUUUACAAUCUGAAGACAACAAACCUUUAGGUAUGAAAGUAGAUGGUAUAUUUCAUACUCCAGGAAAUAAAAAGUUUGAAAUUGGAAUGGUUGAGUUAUCAGGUGGUUAUUUGACUUCAGACAUGUCUCAAUAUAUAAAAGAUCAUGUUAAAGGUUGUUGGGGAGGUUUAGAUAACUUCUUUAAGUUACUCAAAGAAUUUAAGAAAUCACAUCGGCACAAUACCGCAUUGUAUUCACAAUCAUCGAUAUUAAGAGACUAUGUUGGUAAUGUAAACGAAAACUUGCUAUUGAACCCAACUGGUAAAAGAGCCCGAACAAUAAAUCCUUAUUCUCUUACAUCUAAUGAUCAUAGUGAUAGUAAUGAUAGUAAUGAAAAUUAUUCACCUUCACCAUCUCCAUCAGGGUAUUCUGAUACUCUUGCCCAUUGA